CUCCUCUUUCGCAAACCCACAGCCUGAGUUUACGAACUUGACAGACAACAAUGUAUACAUACAGAAAGACAUAUACGUAUAUAUAGAGAGAGAGAGAUAAUGGCUCCAAAGAAGGCUGCGGCGAGGAGAGUUAACCCGGCGGAGCAGAAUGAAGAGGUGCGUUACAGGGGCGUAAGGAAGAGGCCGUGGGGGAAGUACGCGGCGGAGAUCAGAGAUCCCGCUCGGAGGACGCGGGUUUGGCUCGGGACGUUCGAGACGGCGGAGGAGGCCGCUAGGGCUUACGACAAGGCGGCCAGGGAGUUUCGCGGCGCCAAGGCGAAGACAAAUUUCGCGCCGCCGCUAGGGGAUCAUCAAUUUCCUCUCGGUAAUUUUGGGAAGAAAAACAACAGCCACAACCAGAGCCCUAGCCACAGCAGCACUGUGGAGUCGUCGGGCCGCGACGGCGGAAUUUUCUCGCCGACGCCGCCGGAUCUCGCCCUCCGAGGUCCUGCCGCCAUAACGGCGGGGUGGUUUCCGUCGAUGAACUAUCAUCCUCCAUCCGGUUCUCCUAUUUUCCCGGUCGGGUACAACCCGCCCGCCGUAAAUCUCUCCGGCCAGAUGUUCUACCUCGACGCGCUGGCGCGAGGCGGGACGGCGAAUCCCCCGCCUAACCGUCAACUGGAGACGGUGGAUUUCCUGGGCGGCGCCGGAACUCCGACCGAGUCAGACUCGUCCUCAAUCAUUAACAAUCAGCCGAAAAAGGGCGGCCUCAACCUGGAUCUCAACCUACCGCCCCCGGAAAAUUCGUAAAGCGGGUAAAAGCAGGAAGAAAUUGAAUAUCUAUCGGUGGGCGUGUCGGCGCCGCCGUGGAAAAUAGGAAAAGCUGAUCUAACUUUUUGGCAUCAGAUCAGAGAAAAUCGAUAGAAUUUACUACAUUUUGCAGGCUGUUGGUUAUGUAGCGGACACGAUUUUGCGUGUCCCCUUAGAUUAUAACCUUAAUCUCGCAAAUUAAAUGUGAUGUGUUUUUGUAUAGUACCAACAAUUUCUCUGAGAAAGAAAUUCUUGUUUUCAAUUAUUAUUAUUAAUUAUAAUUAUAAUUAUU